AGAGGAACCACUGAGCAGCAGACAACUGGCAUCGGCAAGUCGAACCCUAAGUAGGAGGCUUACAAGUGAGGGGGUAGAAAAAUCGCAAAGGGUGAGAGGGUUCGACGGCAGGGAUGGAGGAUUCCAACGAUUGGCAAGCGGGACUGCAUCUGAGACUCCGAGAGAAGUUUCUCAAUGCACGAAAAGACAUUUGGAUGGGUGCGGAGGGUGAUAAUACCCCUUUGUACAUUGAUGUGCAUCCUCAUAAACCUUGGAUUCUAUUGGUAGCACAGCAAAGGUCAAUCCAAGUCUGGAACCAUGAAGAAGGGAGGCAAAUCGCCGCUUGGGACAUGCCAUUGAUUGAAGAAGGUACUAUGCCCCUUUGGGAAGGGGCGAAGUUUGUUGUGCGGCAGAACUGUAUGCCAUUGGUCGUUGCGCUCAGGGAUGAGAAGUCCAUUUUGAUGCACCAAGUGCAAACACCCAACUUUGAGUGGCAAAGACUCAAGCACCUAACAGCGCAUCAAAGUCGACUAGAGGAUAUGAUUUUCCAUCCCAGCUUAUGUUAUAUGAUCACAUACUCCAAGAAGCAGAUAAAGCUAUGGGCUUGGAGCGAAGGCUGGUCAUUCAAACCUGUUAAAUACCAGUUGGGCGAGUGGACGGCCGUAGCAUUUCAUCCACAGGGGAAGAUUCUCUUUGCAGGUGCGUCAACGAGCAGGAAAAUCAUGGUAUGGACCGGAACCAAAAGUUCUCCCAAGACAUUUAGUGCGGCGUUUGAGAUGAGGGCUCUUCAGUUCUGCAGCAAGCAUGACAAACCGCUUCUUGUCGCGGGUUCUUGGGUGGGAGCAAUAGAGGUCUGGAAUUAUCAGGAUGGAUGUAGGUUAACUACACUGGCGGGACUGAACGCCAGCAUUAGUUCGGUUCUCUUUCAUCCCCACUUGCCGUAUAUCAUGGCGUCCUCCAAGGACGGCAAGAUCGCUGCAUGGAAGGACGGCGAGGCGGACGACUACGAACUAGUGAUGUUUUCGGGCAGUGGUUUGAAAGAAGUCUGUAGCAUGGCCCCCUGUCUAAACUCCAGCAUGGCAUUGCUUGUUUUGGGAGGUAUGGCGGAGUUCUCUGUGGCAGAGGUGCUUUUAGGAGAAGACGAGUCUCAGACCGAUGAUGAUGCAUGUACUAGCGGGACCGUCACGGUGGUUACCAAUCGAAGCUCUCCAGUAUCAUCAGGGAUAAUUGAGUGCAAGGUGGAGGACACCGCAGAGAUUCUACUGCAAGAGGCAUCGGAGGACGAGAGCCGUGCACAUGAGGCAUUGGCCUCAUCGUUAGAGCUCAGGAGAAGAGCAGCAAGACAGCAAGCAGAGAAGAUCCUAGGCCUGGAGUCUGCGACGCGUUUGAUGCAGUCGCGGCUGCUAGAGCUGGAAGAGGAACAUGAGAAAGAGAAGCAGAAGAGUGAACAGUUGGCUGUAUCUUUUGAGAUUACCAAACGAACAGCAGCACUGCAAGCAGAGCGGAUAGGACAGCUGGAAGACGAGGUAAGGGUGACAAAGGCAAGGGCGUUGCAGGACUCUGUGAGGGGGAAGCAGAAGAGGGAAGAGUUGGCUGAAUCUUUAGAGGCCGGCGAAAGAGCAGUAAGGCUGCAAGCGGAGAGCAUCCAACGGCUGGAGGCCGAGGCGAGGGUGCUACGGGCAAGGACAUUAGAGAUGGAAAAGGAGUCUGAGAAGCAAAAGCAGAGGACGGACGAGUUGGCCGCAUCUUUAGAGCUUAGCCAAAGGGAAACAAGACUUCAAGCAGAGGGGAUCCAACUGCUGGAAGCUGACCCAAGAGGGAUGGAGGAGGAAAGGGAGAGACAGAAGCAAAACCCGGAAGUGUUGACAUCACCACUUUUAGAGGGUUACCGUAUUGAAACUGCAGCAAAGAUAAAAGAGAUGGAGGCAAGGAUGUUAGAGAUGGAAGGAGAAGCUGAGAAACAGAAGCAGAGGAUAAAACAGCUGGGAAAGGAAUUGAACAAUGAGGUCCUUCGAGUGCGAGUGCUGGAGCAAAGUGCUGUGGUGGGUGAUGAUUCACAAAUCAUUAUGGUUGACGCUGCUGAAUUGCGAGAGUUCGGUUCAUCAGACGGACUGCAGCUCGCAAUGAAUGGCGUUGAUGCAAACAUGGACGUUUUUGCUGAUGCCGCUGAAGGCAAAGCCGUUCUUCACCAGAUGAAGCAAGCCCGACAAGAGGUAGUCUUCAUUGACAGAGAGCUGGUGGACUUUGUAUCCGCCCCUAACUAAAAAUCAACCGGGCCCCCGUAAUUAUACUGAAGGUUGUGUACACGUGCUAUGGCCGAUACCACUUGGCUCCAUGCUAAAAUCAAACCCCCGUAAUACG